GGAGGGAAUCUUGAGCGGCGGCAGGAGGAGGAUCCCUCGAGCCGUGCCGUACUGGGACCUGUGUCUGCACGAAGGAAUCUGCGGGUUGACUCCCAAGAAAAGAAAGGAGUGAGAAUUGGAGGGCAUUCGGUGCUUGUGGGCUACGGAGGGCCUAAUAGGAGGUUGCAGAGCGCGUGCGGCUGCAGCAGUAAAAUGCAGAGGGAGAUGUGUGAAUUGCAAACAUAUAGAACGCUGGAAGAAGGAGACCGCGAAGAUCGCAUGGCUUUCCAAUGUGCACGGCUGGACUUAAAAUUCAGUUCCCCACCGCCCUUCAUGAGGACUCCAUUUCAGGGACAGCGGCGCCGACUCCCGUCUUCCCAGAAAAAAAAAUCGGAUUCUUUUUUGGAAGACUCGUGGUCGGUACUCUUCCUACUGCACAUACCUCCUCUACCAAUUUGGAAGAAAGGGGGAUACUUGUAGUUGGAAUUGUCCAUUUAGGAGCCUCGUUGCUUGCCUCUUCUUGGGAGGUGGGGGAUCGAUGAGUGACUGCUGCUUGAUCCCUUCUCAUGUCUACGGGGCCUGCUAGUCAUUCUGCCCCCGGUUGACCGACAGCACAUGACCGGUGUGCGCUCAUUCCUUUCUCUGGGUAGGGCUGGGCUGGGCUGGGCUGGCUCCGUCCCCAGAAGGGCGUGUUGCAGCUGCUGCUCCGUGAAAAGGCGGCGGUCACCAGGCAGGCAGCGGGGAGAGAACGAGCGAGAGCGGCGCAGCCCUGAUUUGUCCAAACUUGCCCUGCCGGUGCUUGCCCGCUGCUCUUUCCGGGGUAUCGCUGGGACCGCAAGGAGUCUCUCAGCCUCGAUUUCCUGAGGGUGAUUUGAUUCUCCUUCCAAACUGGUAGAGAAGAAAGGUGGGAAGACAACUAGAGUUGCCUGGAAGAAGCCAAUCCCAUCUGCUGUCUCAGUCUUUUGGGAAUAGGUUGAGGCUGCAGAGGCAACAAUGCCUCCAAAGCGCAAGGCCAAAACCCAGGCAGCAGUCAAGGGCAAGAAGGUUAAAGAGGAACCGGAGCUGAAGCCUGACCCAGAGGAAGACAGUUUCCACGCCACCAUAGCAUCACUGAAGGCGGCUCCAAAGGAGAAGCUCAAAGCCAAAAUCGAUUCUGCCUGUCACCUGAGCAAUGCAAAGGAUUCCCAGAUUUAUGAGGACUAUGACUGUAUGCUGAACCAAACCAACAUUGGCCACAACAACAACAAGUUUUACAUCAUCCAGCUCAUCGAGCACAAUGGGAACUUCAGCUGCUGGAAUCGCUGGGGCCGUGUGGGGGAAGUAGGGCAGUCCAAACUCAGCAGCUUUUCAUCCUUGGGAGAUGCCAAAAAGGAUUUUGAGAAGAAAUUUAAGGAUAAAACAAAGAACAACUGGGCUGACCGGGAGAACUUUGUAGCUCAUGAUGGCAAAUACACCCUGAUUGAGGUGCAACGCGAGGAUGAAGAGGAGCAAGAAUUUAUCGCGAAGGUGGAGACUGUCGAUGGAGUGAAGCUGACAAAGGAAAGGAUACGGCCCUGCACCUUGGACAAACCUACCCAGGAACUUGUCUCUCUCAUCUUCAGUAAUGACAUGUUUAAAGAAGCCAUGCAGACCAUGAAUAUAGAUGUGAAGAAGAUGCCUCUGGGGAAGCUGAGCAAACAGCAGAUUGCCAAAGGCUUUGAAGCUCUGGAGGCCAUUGAGGCAGCCCUGAAGAAGCAGCCUCCUUCCCAGAAGGAGUUGCAGGAUCUUUCCUCUCGCUUCUAUACCAUCAUCCCUCACAACUUCGGUCGUUCUCGGCCUCCGCCCAUUGACACACAAGAGAUUGUCCAGGCGAAGAAAGACAUGCUGCUGGUCCUAGCAGAUAUUGAGCUGGCCCAGAGUUUACAGACCCAGAAGAAGAAGGAAGAGGAAGAGGAAGAGGAAAUGAAGGUGGAAGAAGUCCCGCAUCCACUGGACAAGGACUAUGGGCUCUUGAAGUGUGAGCUCACCCUGGUGGACCCUUCAUCUGAAGAUCAUAAGCUGAUUGAAACCUACAUAGAGAAGACAAAUGGGCAAAAGCUUAAAGUCCUGAAUAUUUGGAAGGUGAACAGGGAGGGUGAGGACAGCCGUUUCCUGACGCACAGCCACCUGGAGAACAGGCGCCUGCUGUGGCAUGGCACCAACAUUGCGGUCAUAGCUGCCAUCCUGAAGAGCGGCCUGCGCAUCAUGCCGCACUCGGGCGGGCGUGUGGGCAAGGGCCUCUACUUCGCAUCUGAGAACAGCAAAUCAGCAGGAUACGUGGGCACCACCUCUAAUCGCGUGGGGAUCAUGUUCCUCAAUGAGAUUGCUUUGGGCAAAGAGCAUCGCAUUCUUCAGGAUGACUGUUCACUAUGCAAGCCCCCAGAUGGUUACGAUAGUGUUCUAGCCUGUGGCAGGACUGAGCCGGACCCCAAAUAUGAUAAAGAGCUAAUCCUGGAUGGAAAGAAAGUGCUGAUAUCCCAAGGAAAGCCCAUUCCUAUGGCUAAGUACAAGAACUCCUGCUUCUGGCAGAGCGAGUACCUUAUCUAUCAGGAGAGUCAAUGCCGCAUUCGCUACCUUGUCCAGCUCCGCUUCUGAAGCAUUUCUCCAUCCUGCUGAGGCCCACCUAUUUACUGCCACGGGCUUUGUCUUUCUGACACUGAAUGUGGGCAAGUGCGAGUGCCUUGCUUAGUCGACUGUGCUUCCCAGCCGCCCAUUGAUGGCUCUUUGAGGAAUUCUGGGAACCCUACCAGUCGAAGAGGGAGACAUCCACCCAGCUUGCUCUGAGCACCACGCUGGGCUCCAUAAGGCAAGCAAGUGCCACUUUAUGACAACCCGCAAGGCAAAGAUUAUGUAGGGGCCCAGCUUGUGCUCCAGAGGAAACCUUGAUGAGGGGCUCAGCCUUUUCAGACACACUUUGGAUUUCUGUAUUCUGUAAUUAAAAUUAUUCUGUAUUCUGUAAAUAAAAAGAUGUGUGUUAUGCCCA